UAUGCCGAAGAUUGAGCAUUUCAAUGUUAAAAAUGCCCUCCAGAACAUAUUCUAAGCUUAAAAAAGCAGAUCUUAUAGAAGACUCAGAUGCUUUGCCUAGCAAUACAGAAAGGAGAUUUAAUCGGAACAUGAUCUUGAGUAUCCUAACCCCUUACAUCUACUCUUCAAGAAAAGAAGUAUACGAUUUGUAUGAAUUGGACGAUUUCUUGCGUAUACACCUAAGCAAAAUGGGAAUGCAUCCAAUAAUAAGUUCUCUAGGUAAAGUAACUAGACCAUAUAUUUAUGCCCUCGAAGCUCUAGACAUAGCUGAGAGAAUCUCCCAAGAACAAGUAAUGAUCAAGCCUGGGUUUUACGAGAUGACCAGUACUGAUUACACACAACUAUCUUCCACUGAGAUCCCUCCUUUUGAAAUGUACGAUGAAGAGAUUUCCUCUAUUCAUACUGAGGAAUACAAAAUCAAGUCAGAAUUGAAAAAUACCAUAGAGAAGAAAAUCAAGCAGUGUGAUAACAAAAGAAGAAGAUUUAAGGACCUCAACAAGCAACUAGUAGCUACAAAGGUAUUGAUACACUCAAACAUUGAGAAACGCUUAGCUUCUCAACAUUCUAGUUCCUUGAUUUGUCACUUUCCAGUUGAGUUCUGGAAAUUCGAGAAUGAACCAAAAAUCCAUAAGCCUUCACGAAGGAAGAUUAAAAUAUCUUUCAAGGGUGAAUGAAGCAAGCUAAGUCUUUCCCAUAUUGUGAAAAGGACUGAUUCUGGAGAUUUAAAGCAUCUUCUCAAGAAGGGUGUUGAGGAUGAAAUCCUCAACAUCCCACCAGGAGAACUUCUUCAAAGUAUUCCAAACAGACAUAUCCUCCAAUAUGUAACAAAAGAGGAGCUUCUAAACUAACUAUUUUAACUAAUUAUUCAAUAAUCUUUCCU